UCUUGGAAAACAGCACUCUCCUGUGCGUCCUGAAAUGGUUUCACCCAACCAGGUAGGUUAUAAUAACCAUGGGUUGCUGGAACAUCAUAAAUGCACUGUGGCUGGGAAGAGGACAUUUGGAAAGGUAUGCCAAAGCAGUUUGAUACACACCAGAAGACCUAUACCAGAUUUAAAGGUGGCAUUUCAAUCUCCUGGUUCUCACUCUUCAUUUUUUUCUGCGCUUGUGUGGAAUUUUUCUGAAAUUGUGCUUGAAAGUGCGCUUUUGGCUGUUAUUUGUGGUGCCAACUGAACGUUGAAAAGUGGAUAUGAAUUCUACCGCUUUCAAUCAAACGGAGAGCUCAGGACUUUUCAAUAAGACUGAAGAUAUUUUUUGUUGUAACUUUUCAUCAGUGGUGACUGAUAAUGGUUUCGUGGCGCCGACUCCGGAUGAGAGAAGUCUCUUUCUCAUGAGAGUUGUCCAGAUUGCCGUUAUGUGCGUGUUAUCGCUCACGGUGGUUUUCGGUAUAUUCUUUUUGGGCUGCAACCUUCUCAUUAAGUCAGAGGGAAUGAUCAACUUUUUGGUGACGGACAGAAGACCAUCCAAAGAGGUAGAAACAGUCAUUGUUGGGGCAUAUUAGUGGCCCAAAGAGCGCUUUUGGAGACUUUGUCAAAAUUAUUUGUUCUACCACUGAUGCCCAGAUGAUUAAUCCAGUUUUCACCAACAGCAUAGACGGAGCUCAAUUUUCACAUAAAAUCCAGUCUCCAUUGUUCUUUUCUUGUCAGUUGACGAAAAUGUAGGAUCCAGCGGGUGACUGAACAGUCAGAGGACAAAUUAGGGGUAGGGCUAAACAUUUUAAGGACACACAUCUCCAAGAAGUAUAUAGCCAAAAUCAUCUUUCACUUUUUGUUAAAGACAAACAAACAAUGUCAAUUGAAUUGUACUAUCAUUUCAAUUGGACCCACUAGAUUGUUAUAGCCUAUUGUUAUAGCCUAAGUGACAAUCGUUUUUUACUUCUAACACUGUCUCGUAUUGCUAAAGCAAUGGGGAUGAAUUAAUGUUUUUGAAAAAUACCUAUGUGUUUUUUGCAUACAAUAUGCAAGUCAGUAUAAUGAUUUAGUCAAUGUGUCUAAUGGGUUUCCUAUUGAACAUUUGUAAAUAGUGAGUGGUUAAAUGCAUGAAAGGUGGAUAUAUAAUAAAACAACAGUAGUUUAUCUUUGUUUAUUGAAAUAAAUUCAUCGUGUAAUUAUGUUGACGUUUUCAGUUUGAGCGAUUCUGAUUUUCCAUCAAUCUGCUCUGUGUUCAUUUCAAACAAUCAUGGCCACAGUAUGACUAUUUCAGAUCAUUCUGAUUACAAAACCCUUCAAAUGAUAACAUUUUAUACUGUAUCAAUAUAUUAAACAUGUACUGUUUAUUAUUUUAAUAUCACCACAUUUAUUUUUGCAGUAUAUUCUAUUGAAAGUGUGGAAACGUCAUAAUUGACAGGGCACAUUGAGAGAAAAUGUGUGACAUUAGCACCUUGUUGGAGAUUGACUCUUGGAGCCCCCAAUGGUGAACCACUGAAACCAAUGUGAUGAGCAAGGUUGCUUUUUCCAGGAUUGAUGUGUGACGUCCUAGUCCCAUUGAUCAGUCUGGGGUUUAAUGGAAACCUGCCUGACAGUGUUCGUACCAUAUCAGAUGCUCAGAAAGCAUAUACACUCUAAAUGAUGGGUUAAAAAAACAACCCAACUAUUCUUUAGUGUGUCGGAUAUUGUAGUAUGACCCCAUUUAGACCCCUCUUUGUCUGGGGACCUUGAACAUGAUUAGCUCACAAAUGCAUGGUGUUAUAACAAUACACUAUAUAGGACUUAUCUUGGUUUGAUCAAUUCAUUCUCUCUAAUGUGGUGGUCUCCUGUUUUCUAUAACACUCUUAGACAUAUGCACAUGAUUUUAAUUCAUUAUAUAAACAUAUUUUUUGGGGUGGUUUAGAUGGUUUGAAAUACAUGUAACUUUACACACUAUAUGUAUUGCACUGCAGUCAGAGAUUGUGACAUUUUCUCCUUCUCUGUCUGU